AUGGAAGCCACAGCAGAGCCAGUGCUCUACCAGAAGCUGCUGCUCUGGGAGCAGAGCUGGGAGUCUGAGGAAGAAGAGAUAUCAGAGCUACUCAUUCCUGAGCCCUGGAAGCCCCAGGACUCCUCUGGGAAAGAAGUUGGUGCUCGGCCCGGAGUCCGGGCCCAACUAGUCGCCGCCCUGCUGCUGUUAGCUGUUGGCUUCUCCCUGGCCAUGUGGCAACUCCACACCAGAGGUAGCUCCGCAGAAACCUUGGGCUCUGUGACUCCUCCACCCAGUGGGCACUCCCACCGCCCAGGCGUAUACCACCAUGGUGCCAUCAUCAGCCCUGCAGCCUCGUGCUCCCACCUGGGCCAAGAGCUGCUUGUUGCCGGGGGCAAUGUUGUGGACGCCGGAGUUGGAGCAGCUUUGUGUCUGGCAGUAGUGCACCCUCAUGCUACAGGGCUAGGUGCCAUGUUUUGGGGCCUUUUCCACAAUAGCUCCUCAGGCAAUUCAACUGCCCUGACGUCAGGCCCAGCCCAGGCCCUGGUCCCCGGCCUGGGGCUGCCCUCAGCUCUGCCUACCCUGCACUUGCUGCACGCACGCUUCGGCUACCUGCCCUGGCUACGGCUGCUGGAGGGCCCCACCACACUGGCUCAAGAGGGUUUCCUAGUGGACACACCCUUGGCCAGGGCUCUGGCAGCCCAGGGCACAAAGGGCCUCUGUCCACUACUUUGCCACACUGAUGGGACCCCCCUGGGCCCUGGGGACAAAGCCACCAACCCAAAACUGGCUGCCGUGCUACAUAGGGCAGCACUUGCCCCCACCCCAGACUUUGCUGGGGAUGCCCUGCUGAGUCUGCUGGCCAGAGACCUGGGGCUGGAGGGACCCUCAGCUGAGCCUACGCCCACCUUGGAGCCAGCACUGCAGCUACCUUUGGCCCAGGGCACGCUGUUUACCACUCCGAGCCCCUCAGCUGGCCCAGAACUGCUGGCGCUGCUGGAGGCAGCCCUACAGUCUAGAGUUCCCAGCCCUGAUCCCUGCCUACCACCUCUACAAGCUACUGAGAGCCCCGCGAGCAGUGUCCUGGCCACCGUGGAUAGCAGCGGCUCUGUGCUCCUUCUCAUCUCCUCACUCAACAGCUCCUUCGGCUCUCGACACCUGUCCCCAAGCACUGGGGUUCUACUUAGCAACCUAGUGGCCAAGUCAGAAAUUAAUACCUGGGCCUGCCCUCUCAUCUUUCGUGGCAGCCCAGAUGGCACAGAGGCCGAUGUGUUGGGGCUGGUGGCUUCAGGGAAUCCUGCAGUAGCCAGAGUCACAAGUCAUGUCCUGCUCAGCCACCUGGCUGGGCCCCAAACCCAGGCCCAGCACCAGCACCAGCACCUGCACCAGCAAGGACCGACAGAGAGCCCCAGUGUUUGUGGCCAAGGGACUGUGCUCCAGGUGGCAGCCCAUGCAGAGCAUGCCCAUGUCUCCAGUGUACCCCAUGGCUGCUGCCCCUUCCAGGGGUUCUAAGGGGGCAGGAACAGAGCAGGCCCAGCGGCGAUGUAGUGCACAAAGAGUGUGCAUCGAUUAUGUGCUCACCUCUGGCUCAGGCCCUCAGACUCUGGCCUGGUCAGUUACCGGGACUGGCUCUUGUCAGCUAAGGAAACUGAGGAUAACAAGAAAAGAGCACCAGGGCCUGGGGCCAACCCUGAGUUUGGAUCCAGCUCCGGGAAGGAAAGAUGGAAGAAUGCCAAGCCCCUGCCUAGGCUCUGGGCCCCAUGGGCAGGGCAGGCAGAGCCUGGGGUACUGCUGGCAUCUCUGUCCUCCCCCUCAGGCCACCUUCUGCUGAUCUCCCUCAAUAAGGCUGGGAACAAAAUA